UAGUUAUAAUGUUGUUGUCUUCGAUUCUCACUCACAAAGAGGAAGAAGAUAACGCUCUCAGUUUUCUUUUAAACUUAAUUCCAUUUCCAUAACAGAUCUUCUCUUUCCAAAACUGAAGUUCUUAUUCUUCAAUUCUCUUCUUGUUUUAGCCCCUUCAACUCUUCAUUUUAAACCAAAUACAGAGACUGUCUUCAAUCUCUCAAUUCUCUGUGUUUCACAAGCUUUCUUUUGAACCAAAAAUGGCGGACAGAGUCUAUCCAUCCGCAAAACAAAACAUAAACGGCGCAAACCCUGCUUUCCCUGCUACAAAAUCUCAACUAUACGGCGCCAACCGUCCCACCUACCGCCCGACGCCUCGCCGCCACCGUUACCGCCGUUCCUGCUGUUGUUCCUGCUGUCUUUGGAUCACUCUCACCAUCAUCUUCCUUGUCUUCCUUGUCGCCAUCGCUGGCGCUAUCAUUUACGUCCUCUACCGCCCUCACCGCCCCUCCUUCUCCGUCUCCUCCCUCAAAAUCACAACCCUAAACCUCACUUCGUCGUCCACCCUCGUCACCAACAUCAAUUUAAACGUCACGGCGAAGAACCCGAACAAAGAACUCGUUUAUUACUACGAUCCCAUCAGUAUCUCGCUCCUCACGAACGACGACGAGAUCGCCAUUGGCAGCGGUUCGUUUCCCGCCUUCGUGCAUGGGACGAAGAACACGACGCUGCUGAAAACGAGCAUAAAAGGGAACAGUCAAGCGCUUGACGACGCCUCCGCCAGUAAGAUAAAGAGUGAAAUGAAGAGCAAGAGUGGCCUGCCGUUGAAGAUAAAGUUGGAGACGAAGAUGAAAGUCAAGAUGGGAGCAAUCAAGUCUCCCAAAGUCCGGAUUAGGGUUUCGUGUGACGGCAUCAGAGCGACGGUUCCGACGGGGAAGACGGCGACCACGGCAUCGACGUCCAACGCCAAGUGUAAGGUUGACUGGAGAAUCAAGAUCUGGAAAUGGACGUUCUGAGAAAAACUAUUAAAAUAUAAUUAUAAAUUUCCCAAGGUGUUAUGUCAGUAAAUUUUUUUUUUUUUUUUUUUUUAGGGGGAUUAAUUUGAUAAUUCUUUAUCAAUUUUUUUCUUUUUUGUGGGUGAUUUUUUUUUU